AUGGUUGCAAACUUCUUACUUUUGGAACAUUUUACAUUUAUGCAGUACGGGUCAAAUCGGUGGUCUCAGUUCUCGACCACGCGGAACAAUCAUAAAAACAGAUUCCAAAAUUUCAUCAAAAGGCCCUCUAUCUUCAAAAGUAAUCAGGAAAAAUACAGGAAAAUGCUGAUACCUGAUAAUCUGGCGAUUUAUACCUACUUUCUGGAUGAAGUAGUGUCUAAUUUUGAAGGGCAAGGAAUUGAAAAUUUGGUUCAAUUACUUCAAACUCCUGGUCAAUCAAAGAAUGCUCGUGAAGACCUCACAGCGUUAGUGUUUACCGAAUUACUCUUUGUCUAUGAAGAAUCUAGAAUCACCCUCGACUCUAUAUUACAGUUUCUUAGCAUGGUUAUAAAAGAUGAAACAACUGCUGAGAUCUUUUGUCAAGUAUUGGAUGUAUUACCAAUGACUACCCCCUUGGAAUCACUCUUGGUUGAAUUAUUUACACGUCAAAAUAUCAUUAAGUUAUCCACCAUUGGUAAAUUUAUUAGUUCAGAAACUUUAGCCCUGAACCUGUUGAAUAUCUUACCAGGAUCUUCGCUCACGAGACUGUUGAAUAUCAGCAAGAGAGAUGCAUUCUAUACCCAGAAAAAGUAUAACUUGCUUCAUGAAGUAAGUGAAGGAUAUGCCAAGUUGGUUGUAGAAUUAUUCAACAUCUUGAGAAGUGAAGAAGGUAGCAAGUACCAAGUGGCAUACGCAUUACAGAUGUGCCAUCUGUUAAUUGGACACUAUAACUUGGACCCAAAUCGAGUUCUUGAUUUGGUAUUGGAAUGCUUUGCUAAUCAAUUGGUAGGGAACCACGAAUUUGUGUUGGAAUUCUUGCGCAAAUCCCCUUGGUGGCCUGCUACAGAACUGGAUUCUUCCGAUAUAAGUACACUUUCUAAUGGAGGUAAUGAAACUGCCGCAAAAUUGUUGGGAUUACGUCUUUUAAAGAGUCUGUCUGACGAAAAUUUGCCUGAAUCUUUUAGAAUUUUGGUUGCAUGUUUGAUUAAAGAAGGUUUUAUUAGUUUUGGACAAAUUUACAACUACUUUGCGGAUGAAGAAACAAUGAAAGAUUUGGAAUCUCUUUAUAAAAAGGAUUUGGAUGAGAAAGUCUUUAAGGCAAGUGCAAGUGCCUUGGCAUUAGCUGCACCAUUAUUGGACGAGGAAGAGGACGACAAUUCCAAGACAUCAAGUAAUGGCAAUAAGUCAACCACUUCAUCUUCCUCCAACAAUAGUGCCAAACCUGUUACUUUUGAAGAGAAACUUGAACAAAAUGUUCAAUAUCAAUUCUUACGAGUAUUUUUAAGCAAUGGGGUAUAUUGGCCAUCCAUUUAUAUUCUCACUAAAUAUCCAUUUCUUGCACAAGCUGGUGAUGAAAUCCCUAAACUUAUGAAUAGAUUAAUUGAUGCUGUGAUUUCGCCUCUUUACAAUGAUGUUAAAUCGCUGCAAAUUGACCCUUCAAUUUCUGCUACUAGAAGUACACCUUUUUCCCGUCCAUAUAAUACGUUAACAUAUGAAGAUGUUAAAAUUCCUGAGUAUUAUUCAUAUAUGGCUACAACUAAAAGUACAGGUUUGAAACGGUUCCAUUAUUUCUAUACCGAAUGGCGUGGGAAAUUGCCAACAGUUAAUACACCCGAUGAUCUUUUUGCGUUUGCAAAGCAAUUCAUUCGGUUCUGUCCUGGAAAUUUGGCUAAAAGUGUCGACAUUUUCACCAAAGUGUGUGAGAUUGUUUCUCAUAUCAUACUGACUGGAGAUGAAGAUAGUAAGCCAACUUGGCUUAUGUUUUUCCGUAACUUUAUCUACCCAGCAGUUCCUCUUAUCGAAGAAAACUCAUUUGCAGUAGAUAAGGCAUUUGUCAUUUUAUCUCAUUUCUCAGUGGAAGACAGGUUCAAUUUAUAUGGUGAAAUGCAUAACGUCUUGGCCAAGAAUAACCCAUAUAUUAAAAUCGUUAGCGGUAAAGCAGAGAGAGCCACGAAAGAUGUGUUGAAAAGACUUUCCAAAGAAAAUGUUAGACCAAUGAUGAGACGUCUAGCAAAGAUUAGUUUUUCUAAUCCAUUACCAUGUUUUUUAACGAUUUUGCAACAAAUUGAGAGUUAUGAUAACUUGAAUACUUUAGUUGUGGAGACUGCUCGAUACUUUAACGAUUAUGGUUGGGAUGUACUCACCCUUGCUAUUCUCAUGCGACUUACAGCCUCUGGUCGUUCAGUAUUCCAACAAGAUGGUCUCAAUGACCGUCAAUGGAUUCAAUCUUUAUCUUCUUUCAUAGGGAAAAUUUGUCAAAGAUAUCCCAACUCGAUUAAUUUGAAAGUUUUAAUCACAUUUCUACUCAAAUCUUUCCACUCUCAAGAAACUAUUGCGCUUAAUGUUAUUAGAGAAAUAUUCAUUUGUAUGGGAGGAAUCCAACCUAUCACUAACUUAACGUUGCACCAAAUCGAUAUGAUCAAUUGCGGGAACUCUCUUCAAAAAUUUGUUUACCGUACCAUUGAUGAUGUGAGAUUUGAACGAACUAGAUCAGGACAGGUAUUGGUAAAGACCUUAUACGAGUUGGAUGCUGUUAAUGAAUUGUUGGUCUUAUUGUGUCAAUUGGGAGAAGCGGUAGUCUAUGCUGAUGAUCAAGCAGAGCCUCAUUUGAAAGUUUUGGCCAAUCGUAGCGACGAUGUGAAUACAGUAUUACAUUUAUUUACUGAAGUAGUUGGUGUUUUUGGCUCUAAGUCACAAAAGUUGGUUCCAGUUUCAGACCUUAGUUUGAAGUAUCAAGUUCCACCAGAAUGGGCUUUUGAAUUAUGGAGAACUCGUGGAAAUGGGAACUUAGAAAAUAUAGAUAUUUCCCUGGUUAUUGGAGAAGACACUAAGUUGGCUUUGUCAGACGGAUUGUACAGAACGUUCUGGGAACUCUCUCUUCAUGAUAUCAAUUAUUCAAAAGAUCUUUAUGAAUCUGAAUUGGCUAAAUUGAAAGCAAGUAUCUCAAGUCUUAAGGAUAGCAUAGCUGUUAACUCACGAAACAAAGACGUCCCUAAAUCAUUUAUCGAAAAGCUUGAACGUGAUAAGGUACAAAACGAACAAUUUGUUAAAGAUAUUCCUCAAGAAGAAUCCGAGCACUUUGAACAUACAAAAGCGAUCAGAGAAAAGCUUUCCAAGGAUUGUUUGACUUGGAUUACACUGGGAGAUGAAGUCUUACAAAGUCAACAAUUUUUACAGUACUGUAUCUUACCUCGUGCAAUUCAUUCUUCGUUUGAUGCGGCAUACAGUGCAAAGUUUCUCUUUGAAGUUCUUGAAUUAAGAACUCCUAACUUCGAUAUCAUUACUGUUUUGAAAGAACUCAUAAAUUCUAGAAUUCUUUUCGGAACUUUAUUUACCUUAACUCCUAUUGAAGCCGAGAAUUUGGGAUUGUUCUUUGCUGGAGUCUUGAAUAAAUUGAAUGAUUGGACUAAUAAAGAUAAUUUCAACUUGACAUCGAUUUCAUUUGAUGAUUUUAGAAAGACAUUAUAUGGAUUCCAUGAGAGUAUUUUGAAUGAUCUCAGCUCUUUAUUGACAACCAAAGAAUACAUGUCUCGUCGUAAUGCAAUCACAUUUUUGAAAAACUUACUCGGAGUCUAUCCUACAGUUGAAGAUCAUUGUGAAAGAAUCUUACAACUUAUUGAAAAUAUUGCACACAAUGACGAAAGAGGUGAUUUGAAAUUAUCUUCAAGUGCAUUAAUUGGUCACGUUAAAUCAAGGGCUAAGGAAUGGAUCCAUCCUUGGGAUUUUGUUGAAUUUUCUGAAGAAGAAAAGACUUCUCUUAAACAGAAGAGAGAUGCCCUUCUUACUAAAAGGGCCAAUGUUGAAAUGAAGAAAAAGAGGGAAAUAGAAGCAAAAAGAAGAAAGGAAGAAGAAGAAAGAAAACAAAAGGCUGAAGAGAAGCGAAAGAUUGAAUUAGAAUUGCGGGUCAAGGAAGAAGAAAGAUUGGCACAAGAAAAGAGAGCCGCUGCACUUAGUUAUGAUGAGUCUUCAUCUCUGAAUGCCAGAAAGAAUGCUAGAGGUGGUAGUGAAACUAGUUCAAGGGGUGGGAGAUAUGACUAUUAUUCCAAGUUUGGACUGGAAAAGAGUAGUCAAGAAAAUCCCGAGGUAUCCAAGGCUGAAACAAAGGAAGUGGUCGAUGCAAAGGCUUCAGCUAAGGAUGUUAAAGAUGAUAAAAGUAAUGAUGUCAAGGAUGUCAAGGAUGAGGAUGUGAAGAAUGUCAAAGAUCUGGUUGAAACAACAAAAUCGAAUGAUUUAAAGAGCAAACUUCGUGAAGCCAAAAUGGAGUAUCGUGCUAAAUCUAGGGAAGGGACUCCACAUGGCCCAUCUACCACAGCAAAACCUUUACCUCCACCUGUUAAUCCACCUUCCGCUCCACGUGGUCCACCUUCUGCAAGAAGGGAAAGCCUUCCACCGGUAGCUGCCCCUCCAAAGAGAAAUGAUGAUUACAAGCAACCAUAUACACCAAAAGCUAGAGCACCUUUACCUCCCCAAGAAGUCCCAAACGAUAAGAUUAGAAAUUCAAGAAGCCAAGAUUCUCAUAGAAGAAAUGAUGGUCGCAGUAACAGUUAUGGUGAUAGUGGUUCAAGUAGUAGAUAUGGCCAAAGAGGAGGUUAUAAUUCAGGUUCAACGUCACAAUCUUCUAGUGGAAGACCACUGCAAUCUUCUAGUGUAAGACCACUGCAAUCGACUGCUGGAAGAUCAGUUCCGCAAUCUUCAAGAUUUAGUGUAAAUGGUGGAAAUCUGGCACUUCCUCCACCACCACCGCCUCCGAGAUCACUCAUGCAACUGCAAAUUGGUCGUUCAUAUAAUCGUGAUGGUCGUGACAACCGUGACAGUCGUGACAAUCGUGACAGUCGAGACACGCGAAAUGAUCGCUACAACGAUUCAAGAAACGCUGACUACGGGAGACAAAAUAAACGCCCUAGACGUUAG